AUGAAUAUAGAAGGAGAAGUUCCAAUAAAGAGCAAUCCUGCUCGAGAUGCCCGAGAAGCCGUCUCCGUGAUCGAACGCUGGCGUGACCAGUUGCUGCGUUCUCAUGCCUCUCUCAAAAAGCUUGUUGCUGAGCGUAUUCACGAAAUCUCUAAUAUCCUCACACUUUUUGAGCUGCUGCGAGAUUCCGGCGAACUUGAGGUGAGUAUCUAA